AUUUCACCAGGCAGACUCGUUUGAGGUUAUGUUUCUGUUAUGAACUUCGGAAUUGUCUUUCUAUUCAUAAAAAUUAGGAUUUUACCUCUGAUCUCCGUUAACAUGUCCAUUUUCCUCCAAGCUCCGAAAAAUAUCAAUGUGCCUUCUUCAUGCUAAAAAACGAGACAUUCAGCCCUCAAACCUUCUCAGUUAUAUAGAAAUUGAAUGCACUUCAUGCAUGAUACGGCCGCAUAUUGAAACUUAUUCACGGAUUUUGUCAUGAAGAAAAGGGAAAAUCCAAGGAAUAUCCUAUUGAUUUCAAGAGACGAACAUGAUACCUUCUCGUCUUCCUGCGUUUCCUUUUUUUUCAACCGGAGCCUCAUAGCGAACACGCUGCGAUUCUUGUGGGAAAAUGAUAAUGAUCCAGUGUGGGGCUUCGCAUUUCCCCUCUAUAGACUUUUCCAUUCCCCACGUGAUGUUUUUGGGCUGAUGAACUGAUGAGCUGAUGAAGGUGAAAAAUUGCGAAAGAGGCCCUUCUGUAUCCCAUCGCGAAUGAGGCAGUGACUGGGUUCUGCUAUUUUUUUCGCAUUUCGACAUAUGUAUUUGAAUCUUUAUCGUGCGACACCUACUCUUCUCUAUAAAAAUCAUGCCUUCCAGCGUUGCCGCUCUCCGUCGCGGUUAGGAAGUGAUCCGUCAGGUCCUUUCCGGCUGAUGGAGUCAAAGUCAAGCUGGUUUGAAAUAUUUUGCAGGAAUAAGAUAUGGGAAUCCGAGAGACAAUGACAUCGUUUUAUUGAAAUGUCACUAGGGAGCGAGAGAGAUAACACGGACCCGUGCUUCCCGAAUCCUUGUGGGGCGCACGCGAAGUGUCGGGCCAGCGGCGGCCAUCCCGUGUGCUCGUGCAUCUACUACGGGAACCCCGAGACGAGCUGCUUCAAGGGUGAAUGCGUCGAGACUCACGACUGCAGCGACGAUCGAGUGUGCAAGGAUUUCUACUGCACGGAUCCGUGUCCGGGGACGUGCGGGAGGGGUGCCCAGUGCAUCGUCCGGAGACACGUCCCCGUCUGCACCUGCCCCGCGGGUCACACUGGCGAUCCCUUCGAACAGUGUCGACGACUCGGCCCCGAGGAGCUGUGCGAUCCGUCGCCGUGCGGGAGAAACUCCAAGUGCGAAGUUGCUUUACAUCUGGCCAUCUGCUCCUGCCUUCCCCAUUUCUUCGGUAACCCCGUCCAAGGGUGCAGAGCGGAGUGCGAAACGGAUUCCGCCUGUGCACAGACACAAGAGUGUCGGCUGUACAAGUGCGUGAACCCUUGCACGGAUGCGUGCGGGGAGAAAGCGGAGUGCCGUGUGGAACAUCACCGGGCCAUCUGCUCCUGCCCCAAAGGGAGCGAGAGAGAUAACACGGACCCGUGCUUCCCGGAUGCUUGUGGGGCGCACGCGAAGUGUCGGGCCAGCGGCGGCCAUCCCGUGUGCACGUGCAUCUACUACGGGAACCCCGAGACGAGCUGCUUCAAGGGUGAAUGCGUCGAGACUCACGACUGCAGCGACGAUCGAGUGUGCAAUGAUUUCUACUGCACGGAUCCGUGUCCGGGGACGUGCGGGACGGGUGCCCAGUGCAUCGUCCGGAGACACGUCCCCGCCUGCACCUGCCCCGCAGGUCACACCGGCGAUCCCUUCGAAGGGUGUCGACGACUCGGCCCCGAGGAGCUGUGCGAUCCGUCGCCGUGCGGGAGAAACUCCAAGUGCGAGGUUGCAUUCCAUCUGGCCAUCUGCUCCUGCCUUCCCCAUUUCUUCGGCAACCCCGUCCAAGGGUGCAGAGCGGAGUGCGAAACGGAUUCCGCCUGUGCACAGACACAAGAGUGUCGGCUACACAAGUGCGUGAACCCUUGCACGGAUGCGUGCGGGGAGAAAGCGGAGUGCCGUGUGGAACAUCACCGGGCCAUCUGCUCCUGCCCCAAAGAUUUCCUGGGAGACCCUCGAAUCCGAUGCUACGCGGAAUGUACGGUACACGAGGAGUGUGCCUAUCACCAGGCGUGCAUUAACUUCAGAUGCACGGACCCAUGCGUGGGGGCGUGCGGGAUGAACGCAGAAUGCCGCGUGGAAAACCACAAGCCCAUCUGCUCCUGCCCGAAAGGCUUCACGGGU